UCUGGGAACAGCAAACAUAAAGACACACAAGCACUUUUGCUGAGAAAAGAGAAAAACUGCAAUACAGACACAUUUCACAGAAAUCAGUGAUAUUGUUUAUGCUCCCUACUUGUGUAUUUCUGUCCUGAUGAGGAUUUGAAACCAUUCUGUGGCCGUAACAAGCAAGAAAAAAGCUGCAAGCAAGAUGGACCACCAGCACACAGAAGAAAGCAGAUCGUUAAAAGGGCAAGUACCUCUCCUCUUAUUAUUCUCUUUGUUCUGCCAAACUGCCUCAGAGCACAUUCGUUACUCUAUCCCAGAGGAAAUGGAAAAGGGAUCCAUUGUGGGGAAUCUUGCCAAAGAUUUAAGACUGACCACUGGAGAAAUAGCAAAGCAAAAUCUACAUAUACUUUCUCUAGGCAAGAAGCAAUAUUUCACUCUCAGUGCAGAAGAUGGGCAGCUACAUGUGAAUGACAGAAUAGAUAGAGAAGAGAUCUGUGGGGAAACUGCACUCUGCCAAAUCAGUUUUGAAGCUGUUGCAGAAAUCCCAAUGAACAUUCUCCAUAUAACUGUAGAGAUCCAGGACAUUAAUGAUAAUGCACCACAUUUCUUAAAUGGGGACAUCAAGCUAGAGAUAAUUGAAUCCUCUUUGCCAGGAACCACGUUUCUCCUUGAGCAAGCUGAAGAUCCUGACAUUGGGGUUAACUCUCUCCAGGACUACCAGCUUAGUGAAAAUCAGUAUUUUGUUCUUGAUGUUAAAGAGAGUGAAGAUGGAAGCAAAUAUGCAGAAUUAGUACUGAAUAAACAGUUAGAUCGGGAAAGUGAAAAUAGCUUCCACUUAAUCCUUAUGGCUGUGGAUGGAGGGAAACCUGCCAAAACAGGAACAGCCAAAAUAUGGAUAAAUGUCAUUGAUGCCAAUGAUAACCCACCAGUCUUCACUCAAAAAAUAUACAAGGUUAAUGUGAAAGAGAAUGCACCAAAAGGCUCCUCAGUGGUACAAGUGAAAGCCACAGACAGAGAUGAAGGUUCCAAUGGGAAGAUCAACUACAGUUUUAACAAUAUUGCUGAAAGCGCUCACCAGAAAUUCUCCUUGGAUCCACAGAAUGGCAUAAUUACUGUUAAGAACGUUUUUGACUUUGAGGAAACGGAGAAAUAUGUGGUCACUAUAGAAGCAAGAGAUGGAGGAGGAUUAAUGGCACACUGUAAAGUUGAAAUAAAGGUGACAGAUGAGAAUGAUAAUGCCCCAGAGGUGAUGCUUGCCUCCUUCUCUAACCAAAUAUCUGAAGAUUCUGCAAUGGAAACCCUGGUAGCUCUUAUCAGCAUAAAUGAUAAAGAUUCUGGAGAUAAUGGGGAAAUUAUUUGCCAUUUAAACAACAAUUUCCCAUUCAAAAUAUCACCAACAUCUAAUAAUUAUUACAAACUGCUUACAGAUGGGCCCCUGGACAGAGAAAACACUCCAGAGUACAAUAUCACAAUCACGGCAACUGACAAAGGGACUCCCCCUCUUUCCACUCACAAAACCAUCUCAAUACAGAUCUCAGAUAUCAAUGAUAACCCUCCUGCCUUUGAGAAAUCCUCCUACACUGCCUACGUGACAGAGAACAAUCCUUCGGGUGCCUCCAUUUUCCAUGUCCAAGCCUUGGACCUGGAUCUGGACCGCAAUGCUCGAAUCACUUACUCCAUCCUCCACAGCAACAUUGAGGACCUUCCCAUCUCUUCAUAUAUCUCCAUUAAUUCAGAGACGGGCACUCUGUAUGCCCAGCGAUCCUUUGACUAUGAGCAAUUCAGGGAGUUUCAGCUUCAAGUGAGGGCCCAAGAUGGAGGCUCUGCCCCGCUCAGCAGCAUGGCUGUAGUGGAAGUCUUUAUUCUGGACCAGAAUGACAACAGCCCUCAAAUCCUUUACCCUUCUCAAGGAGCAGAGGGCUCUGCCUUGUUUGAGAUGGUGCCUCGCUCAGCCGAAGAGGGCUAUCUGGUGACCAAGGUGGUGGCGGUGGAUGCUGACUCCGGACACAAUGCCUGGCUCUCUUACCAUCUGCUGCAGGCCACAGAGCCAGGGCUCUUCGCCAUUGGGGCCCAUACAGGGGAGAUCAGGACGUCACGGCCCUUUUCGGAAAGAGAUGCUGCAAAGCAGAGGCUAGUGAUCUUAGUGAAGGAUGGUGGGCAGCCUCCACUAUCUGCAACUGCCAAUCUCAACCUGGUGUUUGCUGAGAACUUUCAGGAGGCACUUCCGGAAAUGAAAAACCAAUCGAGCGACUCAGAGUAUCAAUCUGAUCUACAGUUUUACUUGGUGCUGGCCUUAGCUUUGAUCUCAUUUUUAUUCCUCUUGACUGUCAUUCUGGCUAUUAUGAUGAAGCUUCGGAGGUCUGGGAAUCCCAAAUUCCUGCAGUGCUUUGCUCCUGUUCCCCAUUCCAACAAUGCGGUGAUAUUCCCACCCAAUUAUGAAGAAGCGACAUUGCCGUAUUCCUACCAGCUCUGCCUGUCAUCUGAAUCCAGGAUACAUGAAAUUGCCUUUCCUACACCCAGCGUUCACACAGCAGAGAAUAUUUUUAAUAAAUCUGAUGUACCUCUGAUAGCCAAUGGGGGAAAUAUAAUACAUUCUGAUGUGGAGAAUUUUGACAAGGAAGCAGCUAAUCUGUCAGAAAAACAGAUGGAAAGAAGGCAUGAAAACAAUGGCAGGGCAAUCAGAAGGCAAGUAGUGCUUCACUUUCUAAUGACUUUCUCCUGCUGGGCUGCUUCAGAGCAGAUUCAUUAUUCAGUCUUUGAGGAGAUGGAAAAGGGUAUGGUUGUGGGGAAUCUUGCCAGAGAUUUGGGUUUGAAUGCCAGAGAACUAGCAAAACGUAAUCUGCAUGCUGUCUCAGCAGAUGAAAUGAAAUAUUUCACUAUCAGUGCAGAGAAUGGAAAUCUCUAUGUAAAUGGAAGGAUAGACCGGGAAGGAAUAUGUGGCAAAAAUCCACUUUGCUCAGUUAAUAUUGAAGCUGUGGCAGAAAACCCUCUGAAUGUUUUCCACAUAACUGUGGCAAUCCAAGACAUUAAUGAUAAUGCUCCACAGUUUACAAAUGAAAAUAUCCAGCUGGAAAUCAUUGAAUCUAGUUUACCAGGCACUAGGUAUCUCCUUGGGAAAGCUGAAGAUCCUGAUAUUGGAGUGAAUACACUCCAGACAUACCAGCUUACCGCCAGUCAGUACUUCACUUUGGAAGUUAGAGAGAGAAAAGAUGGAAACAAACAUGCAGAACUGCUACUGCAGAAACCAUUAGAUCGGGAAAGUGAAUAUUCUCUUCACUUGAUCCUUACCGCUCUGGAUGGGGGUGAACCUAGAAAAUCUGGAACUGCUCACAUAUGGAUUAAUGUCACUGAUGCCAAUGACAACCCACCCAUUUUCACUCAAGAGGUCUACAAGGUCAGUUUGCAAGAAAAUGCUCCUGCUGGGUCCCUUGUACUUCAUGUUGUGGCCUCUGAUAAUGAUGAUGGUACAAAUGCCCAGAUCAGGUAUCAUUUCAGCAACAUACCAGCGAAUUCCCAGCAGAAAUUUAGGCUGGAUCCAACCAGUGGCACAAUCACUCUUAGAGAGCCAUUGGACUUUGAAGACACUGAUGAAUAUACCAUGACAGUUUCAGCAAAAGAUGGAGGUGGAUUAGAGACCCACUGCAACAUUGAGAUAACAGUACUUGAUGAGAAUGACAACUCCCCAGAAGUGAUUUUAGCUUCUGUGUUUAGCCCAGUUGCUGAAGAUUCCCCAGCUGGAACGGUUAUUGCACUGAUCAAUGUAAAAGACAAAGAUACUGGAGAUAACGGAAAGCUUGCUUGCUAUAUACCAAAUCAUUUGCCCUUCAGGAUUCUUCCCUCAUCUAACAAUUACUACAAGCUGCAGACAGACAGCACUCUGGACAGAGAAAAAACUCCUGCAUAUAACAUCACAAUCACAGCUGUGGAUAAAGGGAAUCCACCUCUCUCAACACACAAAACCAUCUCACUACAUAUCUCUGACAUAAAUGACAAUUCCCCUGCUUUUGAUAAAUCUUCUUACAGCAUCUAUGUGCCAGAAAACAACCCUUCUGGUGCCUCAAUUUUCAGUGUCAAAGCUUCUGAUUUGGAUGUGGACCAAAAUGCAAGGAUCACAUACUCCAUCCUCCACAGCAACAUUGAGGAACUUCCCAUCUCUUCCUAUAUCUCCAUUAACUCUGAGACUGGUGCUAUCUAUGCCCAGCGAUCAUUUGACUAUGAACAAUUCAGAGAGUUUCAGCUUCAAGUGAAGGCCCAAGAUGGGGGGUCUCCCCCUCUCAGUAGCAACAUCACUAUGAGGGUGUUUAUUCUAGAUCGGAAUGAUAACAGCCCUCGGAUCCUGUCCCCUUUACAAGAAGCCAAGGGAUCAGCUUUGUUCGAGAUGGUGCCUCGUUCAGCCGAAGCAGGUUAUCUAGUAACAAAGGUGGUGGCAGUGGAUGCAGAUUCUGGACACAAUGCCUGGCUCUCCUACCAUCUGAUUCAAGCCACUGAGCCAGAACUCUUCUCUGUUGGAUCUCAUACUGGGGAGAUCAGGACAGCAAGAGCUUUUGUGGAAAAAGAUGCUGUGAAACAGAAACUAGUCAUUGUGGUGAAGGAUAAUGGGCAGCCUCCUCUCUCAGCCACAGUUACCCUGAACCUGGUGUUUGCUGAGAACUUUCAGGAGGCCCUUCCGGAAAUGAAAAACCAAUCCAGUGACUCCGAAUAUCAAUCUGAUCUACAGUUCUACUUGGUUCUGGCCUUAGCUCUGAUCUCAUUCUUAUUCCUUCUGACUGUGAUUCUGACUGUUACAAUGAAGCUUCAACAAUCAGGGAACCCCAAAUUCCUCCAAUGCUUUGGUCCUGUUCCUCAUGCCAAAGCUGGUGCCAUAUUUCCACCCAAUUUUGAAGAUGGGACUUUGCCUUAUUCCUACCAGCUUUGUCUCUCCUCAGAAUCAAGGAAGAAUGAGUUUACCUUUCUGACACCCAAUAUACAAAUUGCAGACAAUGUUUAUAGUGAUGACAAGUCUGGUGUGGCUUUAGCAGAAAAUGGAGGAAACAAUUUACAUUCAGAGACGGUGGAUAUAGAUAAGCAAGCACAACCUAACACAGACUGGCGCUUCUCUCAGGCUCAGAGACCAGGAACUAGUGGAUCUCAGAAUGGAGAUGAAAAUGGAACUUGGCCAAACAACCAGUUUGAUACAGAAAUGCUUCAAGCCAUGAUUCUGGCCUCAGCAAAUGAAGCCGCUGCUGCUGCCGCCGCCAAUCCUGAUGGAAAUUCUACUCUGGGAGGAGGAGCAGCGGCGGGCACCAUGGGCCUCAGCACCAGGUAUGGCCCCCAAUUCACCCUACAGCAUGUUCCUGACUACAGACAGAAUGUGUACAUCCCUGGGAGCACAGCCACUCUCUCAAAUUCCUCAGGCAAACGUGAUGGGAAACCAGCAGCUUCUGGAGGUGGAAACAAAAAGAAGUCUGGAAAGAAAGAGAAGAAGUAGGAUCCACAGGAUGACACCACUGCCAUCUUAGCUCUAAAGGGCAGACCCUUCCAGCACUCCCCUAAUUCAUAGCCUAGGAUGGAGGAUGAAUGUGAAUGUGUGGGUUAACAAGCAUUUUUUUAAAAAGUAAGGAAUAUUGCGAAUGUACAUUGUUGUUGACAUCAUUAGAACUAACAGUAGGUCUCCUACUGUUGGUCCUCAUGAUAUAGAAGUUUCUGGAAAUAAAAAGCCCUGUGGAUAAUUAUGAAUAUAGCGUAUACUCUUAUGAGGUAAUCUAAUAUGCAACGGUAUCAGAUCUUUGAAACAUUUUCUCUACAAUUGAUUUGUUUCAGAGUGAUCUGAAAAACCUAUACGGCUUAGGGUGGGCUCUGUCCAUUGUAAAUAAUUCUUCUACAUGGGGAUUUUAUUUAUGUAUUUUUUCCAUUUAAGAACAUCCUUACUGUUCCGGAUUUUGAUGAUUGAUUUCUUUCUCCCCAAGAAUUAUCUGACUUGGGAUCCUUGUUAUGAAAUUAAUAGGGAGUGCUUUAGUUCCUGCUUUAGCUAUUGUUGUGUUGGGUUUUUUUAAAGGAAAAAAAAAAUGUUUAUCCUGCAUUAUUACAAGGGAAUGAGAUUCAGUUGCAUUGUGGACAUUUAUCUUUUUAAAAAGGUUUAACCAAUGAUGGCCUGAAAAAUAAAACUGAAAUCAUGAUAUGCCUGAGAGGCAGGGCACACAAACACACGGCAGUGGGAAGCCUUCCAAGGGCAGAGAGCGCCAUCAACAUUUGUAAGAUGGAUAAACUGCCCUUAUUGACUGAUGACAGAGGCCUCUAAAGAGACAGACAGCCCAUCUCAUCUACACUUUGGUCAUAACUAUUUAUGUGUAUAGUAAAUGUUUUCUGGAAUAAGUCAAGGAAAGUUGAAGUCACCUGCUUGUGAACUUAGUGAGCAGCUGCUCCUAUAAGCACUGAAAUAGCUCUAUUGGUUCCACAGCCAGAUGACUUUGGUCAGUGAAUGGGCUCUUGUGGCCUUGUAGAGAAUUUUUUUAAAAAAGGAAUGCCUCACAUUUUUCUGUGCAUCAAGCUGCAUGCAAAACACUCACCUCACAUCUACAGUAGGACAGCCAACUCCAUCCAAGCUAGAGUAGAGAAGUCAUUGCAUGCCAUAAGCAGCAUGAUGUAAAUAUGCUGUUAAGCGCCCAUGUCCCAGUGCAACCUGAGCAUUGUCUGUGUGUGAGUAGAGUUCAGUAACAAGAUGCAUUGCCCUGGGUCAGAGCAGUGACAAUAUCUGCAUAUUCUGUAUGCCAGUGCAGCACAGCCAAGAAAUAUCCCUGGUUCACUGGCCUUCACAAAUUAAUGUUAAGUAAACAGUUGGUUUGAGAAAACUAAGGGACCAGGCACAGAUCAGAGAUGCUGGAAUUAGAGCUGGACAAAGAUUGCUUACUGCCAAGCCACUGACCUUGUUGCUGAGGUCAAGUUCUGAAAGUUACAGAAGUGACUAAGUGGUGGAUUUCUGGUGCACCGAAGGUUGUUGAGACCUCUGCCACCACCCCUGCCUGGAUGAGGUUCUGAAUCUACGAAAUUGGGGUGGGGGCACGGGAGCGCACAGACCUCUUUGCUGUGUUGUUGAAGCUACUUGUUUUAAUUUUUAAACCAUAUUUAAUCAGCUAGGACUCGCAGGAAGUAUGGCUUUCCCACUAAGUGCUAUUCAGUAGCUUAUGUUCCUGUCUCUUUGAACACUCAAGGACAGCACGGACAGGAAGGGGGCUGUAGUGUGCUCUUGGCACUCCUGGUUAGCAUGGGGCCUUGCCUGUCUAGACACACUGAGGGGUCCCUUCACUUUCAGCAAGUUUCCUGUAUCACAGUAGCUGAACCACGGAGGCAGAAAGGCAGCAUAUUUCUAACAUGGAGGGGUAACUACAGCCCACUUUCAUUUUUCUAAAACCUCUAAUAAGCAGCUUGUCUGAGAUGGUCCAGCCUUCUCUGAACAGCUCAGGUUAAACUUCUGACAACUGUCCAAAAUGUUACAGCCUAGUCUUAUUGGCUGUGUAGUAUUCACUGCUAGAGCAUUGUGUGCACUAACGAUCUGCCUCCCCAUGUCUAGAAAGGCAGGACCUGUCCUGUCUUUGAGAAGAAACUGUGUUUUUUGUACUGAUCCCAGUCACCCACCCACCCCUCUUUGUUUGGUGACUGCACUAGAAACAGUUUACAUAGUUAGUGAUGCAGAGCACCACCAGGUGGGAAGUUCUCCUAAGGAAUCCCCAUUGAAAUGAAUGGGAGUAGCACAAGAGCACAGUAGUGCAAAUGUGCAUCAACACCUAUUUGUUUCAAUGGGACUUGCACAUGAGAACUUCCACUGGGUUGUGCCUAAAGGCUUAUUAUGAAUUGAGGUAGUUAUUAUGUGACCCUUUUCAAAGUACUGUAGAUGAAUCUUAGUCAUUCUCUUUUUCCUUUGAUUGCUGAUUAGCAAUCUGAUACUAGCGUGAUAGUGCUGCAAACCUAGUGAUGUGUUAAGCUUUCUUUUUUUAAUCUUAGUAAUUGAGUUGUGGACAUCAGUAUUUUUUUAUUCCUUUGUAUCUUCUUUAUGUGUGCUCUUUGUGCUCUUAAAUGUAUGUGAAUUGAAACACACUUAUUUGUCCUUUCAAUGUGUCUAAUAUUGAACUAUACUUAUAUAUUAUAUAUAUGCUUAUAUCCUUCUUAUAUCCAUAUAGACUGACGUCAAUGUGUUACACGCAAGUUUUAUACUCUAAUAUUUAUAUUGCUCUUUUUUCUUUGGGGAAAAAAAUAAAAUCUUUUCUUCUGAA